AUGAGAACAAGAAUCCGCUCGAUUGGGGGUGGAAGAAAAGAUUGGCGAACACAUGACACCAAUUACAACAGCACGUCCUGCAGCUCCACAGGAGUUACUUUCUCUCAUAAGUGUGCGCCUUGCAAAGACGAAUACGUCCGUAACUCCGAAUGCAGAAAGAGUGGUCUAAACUGCUCAAGCAUGUGCGGUAAUUGCUUAGGCCUAGGAUGUAAUAACAGAUGCACGAGCAUAGAAGAAGAUAUAGAAGAGGAAGAAGGUGCUAUGUUUGACGAGGACUGA